CGUUAUUUAGUGAAGUAGCGUGCAGAAAACAAGUGUAGUCUCGCGAUAGGCGCCGGCUGAGGGGACCAAUCAGGGCGCUGCAUUGUCCCCGGCUGUCAGUGCACGGGAGGAGAAGGAGGUCGCGCUGUCUGGAGCGGUUGUGUCUGUACUCUCCGCCCGCCCCCCGCCGGCUCUCCUCCCCUCUGUCUGCUGGGCUCUCUCCCUCCCGCCCCGGGUCGCUCGUCACGUCCGGUAGCCGGAGGUUGUGGAGGAGGCCGCGGCUAGGAGCAGCUGAACCCGGGGGAGCCGUGUAACACAAAGAGGCCGCCGAGUGACCGAGGCCCUGGGCCUGAGACGCAGGACCAUGGAUUUUCCUGGACAUUUUGAACAGACAUUUCAGCAGCUUAACUACCAGCGGCUCCAGGGACAGCUUUGUGACUGUGUAAUAGUCGUGGGCAGUAGACACUUUAAAGCUCACCGCUCAGUGUUGGCCGCAUGCAGUACCCAUUUCCGUGCUCUGUUCACUGUUGCAGAGGGUGACCAAAGUAUGAACAUGAUCCAACUGGACAGUGAGGUGGUAACGUCUGAAGCCUUUGCCGCUCUGAUCGAUAUGAUGUAUACGUCCACUCUUAUGCUUGGAGAGAGCAAUGUGAUGGAUGUUCUACUGGCAGCAUCUCACCUCCAUCUGAAUUCAGUAGUAAAAGCAUGCAAACAUUAUCUCACUACAAGAACAUUGCCCAUCUCUUCUCCAAAUGAGAGGUCUCAGGAGCAGAGUGUGAGAAUGCAGAGAUCGUUCAUGCUUCAACAACUGGGAUUGAGCAUAGUUAGUUCUGCCUUAAAUUCCAACCAAAGCAAUGAAGAGCAGUCACAGCAGCAACAGAACUCCAUGAGCUCCUCCGUCCGUAGUGGUAUGGUGGAGCAAAGGGCCACAUUUCCGAUAAGAAGGCUUCAUAAAAGAAAGCAAACCUCUGAAGAAAGGGCAAGACAACGCAUGAGGACCUCUAUUGAAGAAUGCCUCAUAACAGAUGUUACUAAUGAAAGUGUCCAAUCGAUGGUAAAUUCACGUGAAGAAUAUUUUUCUCCUGAUUCUAUCAAAAUAACAGACAAUAUGAAAUCUGAUUCCGCCAAUGACAACCAGGAUGAUGGCACUAUCCUAUUUGAUCAGUCGUACAGUAACCAAGAAGACACACAAGUGCCCAGCCAGUCUGACAAUGGUGGGGAAAAUAUUAUUUCAAUGGCAUCCCAGACACAAUCUGUUGAAACAGGCUAUGGGCAAGAGUCCUCUUGUGAUAAAGCAAUGUAUACUUCAGAGACUCGUGAAAUUACAUUGGACGAAAAAGACCAUAUGAGAGUUAUUGUAAAAUCUGAGCCUCUGAGCUCCCCAGAGCCACAAGAUGAGGUAAGCGAUGUCACAUCCCAAGCAGAGGGAAGUGAGCCUGUUGAAGUAGAAGGUGUUGCAAGUGGUGAAAAGAUAGAACUGAGCCCAGAAAGCAGUGAUCGGAGUUUCUCUGACCCUCAGUCUAGUACUGAUAGGGUGGGAGAUAUCCAUAUUUUAGAUGUAACAGCUAGCUUAGAGCACAAAUCCUCCUUCAGUAUUUCUAACUUUCUAAAUAAGAACAGAAAUGGCAACCUCAGCUUAAGUCAGAACAGUGAUGAUAACCUUCCCAAUACAACCAGUGAUUGUAGAAUGGAUGGAGAGGUGUCCUACCUUGUGAGCCCCGAGUCUGGACCCAGUGGUCAUUCUUCUGUUAUGUCUCACAUGGAUAAUCCUUUCGGUGAUGGGCCAGAUUCCCAUUUUGCUCGUCCUAUGCAGGAUGUAAUGUCUUUACCCUGUGUUCAGUCCUCUAACUACCGUGGAAAUGACCCAUUUGGAAUGGACUUUCCAAGGUCUGGAUUAGGACUUCACUCAAUGUCAAGAUCGAUCAUGGGAAACGUUAGGGGCCGCGCUUUCAAUUUUCCAAAUUAUCGCCGUAUUGCCCCCAAAAUGCCUGUUGUUACAUCAGUACGGAGUACUCAGCUACAGGAUAACGCUUCCAACUCUCAACUGAUGAUGAAUGGGUCAAAUUCCUCAUAUGACAAUGGGAAUACAUCUCAACAGGGUCCACCACAGUUGACAAGGGCUUCUGCAGAUGUUCUUUCCAAGUGUAAGAAAGCUCUCUCUGAGCAUAAUGUGCUGGUGGUAGAGGGUGCCCGGAAAUAUGCCUGUAAAAUAUGUUGUAAAACCUUCCUGACUUUAACAGACUGUAAAAAGCACAUCAGAGUACAUACCGGUGAGAAACCGUAUGCCUGCCUGAAAUGUGGAAAACGGUUUAGUCAAUCCAGUCAUUUAUAUAAGCAUUCCAAAACUACUUGCCUUAGGUGGCAGAACAGUAAUCUUCCGACGACAUUGCUUUAACAUUAGCACCAUUUCUCCAAAAACUCUCCAAGACCAAUUGAUAUCAUGUUGUGUGAUGUAGCAGCAUCUCCUUGUACCUAAAGUAGAAAGACUCAGCGUGUGUUGUGAAUGAACAAGAAAAUGACUUGGAUAAAGUAUCUGGUCUUGGAAGGGAAUAACACCUUCAGAUAGAUAUUUAACCUCUAAGUUUUGAGGUGCAAGUUCAUUUGUUUAUGGAUGUUUUAUGUAAAAUAACUGAAUACUAACACUGUUUUAUCAGGUAUUUCUGUACAAUUGUGUAGACAUAAUGCAGCAAAAUGCAUUUUUAUCCAUUUUUUGGUAAGUAUUGUUUCCUUUCUUCAAGUAAGUUAUUGAAAACAAAGUUUUUCAAUUGAGGACAAUAUUUAAAUCUUGCCAAUAAAGGAUCUCCAUUGCUAGUGUUCUUGUUCACCAUAAUGCUCUAUGGCUUCUGUGUCGUCUUCUGCCUACACUUUCAUACCUUUUAUUUCCAAUAGACCAAAUGGAAAACAGACCAUUGUUCAGUAUAAAUUCAGUAACGACAGAUCAUCAUCAUCACUUUUAUGCUUCCUGAAUCAGGAGUCAUUAAAUAGGCCCCUGGUGGCUUCUCCCCAUCCCACCGCCUUAAUUGAUAGAUUUUUCCUAUACUAAACAGGAAGACCUCUAUUAAUCAAGGCUGGCAGGGUGGGAAGAAGCCACCAGGGACUGCCCCAAUGACUUGUGGGUUGGGUAGCAUGAAAGUUAUGGCAUGUUCCCUUGAUGUGACACCUGAUGCGAUUACAACAUGCCAAAGGUCAUUUUAAACUUGUCACAAAGUUUCAACUUAUAUUACAAGUGGCAACACAUAAGAGGUUAAUAUCAUGUGUCCUACCAUGCCUGGAUGUCUGCAGGCACAUCUGUAAAUAUGGAGAAAA